CAAACAUAGCAUAAACAUAGAAGUUAUUUUGUAGGCUUCAGGAUGCAGAUAUGGGUUGUGCUGCCAGCAUUGUUCUGCUUCAAGCCUUUCGUUCUGUGGUACAGAGGAACUGUCCACAUAUUUGUAGACGACGACAAGAGGAAUUGUCACUUGAAAUUCUGCCACUGGAUAGUGAUGAUGAAAUGAACAGACCUAGAACCCUCACCAUAAUGCAGGAGAAACCCAAACUUUUGGAGCCCUUGGAUUAUGAAACUGUCAUCACAGAGAUUGAAAGAAAUAUUGGGGACGACCCUCUUAAAGAUCUCAUUACGUUCCCCAACGAUGACUUUUCAAUAGACACAAUUCCAUGGGAAAUAAGAACUCUGUACCCAUCUGUACCUGAAGAUGCAGAACAAAAUGUAGAAAAUUUAUUUGUUAAAGAGGCUUGUAAAUAUUACAAUUCUCAGUGGCAUGUUGUGAACUACAAAUAUGAAAAGUAUUCAGGAGAUUUUCGACAUUUACCACAAAAUGAAUAUAGACCAGAGAAAUUGCCUUCACAUUCCUUUGAAAUUGAUCAUGAAGAUGUUGAUAAAGAUGAAGAUACCACAUCCCACUCCUCUUCAAAAGGUGGCGGUGGUGGUGGAGGAUUUGGAACAGGAAUUUUCAAGUCUGGCUGGCUUUAUAAAGGGAAUUUUAACAGUACUGUAAACAAUAGCAUUACUGUUCGGUCAUUCAAAAAGCGCUACUUCCAGCUGACACAGUUGUCGGAUAACUCAUACAUUAUGAAUUUUUACAAAGAUGAGAAAAUAUCAAAGGAACCAAAGGGAUGUAUAUUUUUGGAUUCCUGUACGGGGGUUGUGCAGAAUAGCAGGCUUAGGAAACAUGCCUUUGAACUGAAAAUGAAUGACCUGACAUACUUUGUGCUGGCAUCUGAAAAUGAGCAGGAUAUGGAUGACUGGAUUUCUACUCUCAACAAAAUCCUGCAAAUAAAUCCGGAGGGGACCAUUCAGGAGAGGAAAAGCACAGAUCUCACAGAUAUGAAACUUGAUUCUGCAGACGUUUCAGAGAAUUAUGAUUGCCCACAAGAGGAGACUGAAUCUUCAGAGAGCACCUUGCAUCCAGACUUCGCAAAAUACAUCAUGGAAACAGAAGAAACAGUGAAAGCUUCUCGAAAUGUGGAACGACUAAAUCUGUUCUCCCUAGAUCCUGAUAUAACUGCCUCAAAUCUUCAGAAAAAGGAGUUUCCAGGAACAGAUUCAGUGAUCAAACCCUUUGAGGAAAAGGAUGCAAAGAGGAUCAUGAUAACUUGUAAAUCCCUCAGUUUGAAUCUUCAGGCUUGUGUGACUGAGAACGAAAAUGAUCCUAUAACCAAUAUUGAGCCUUUUUUUGUGAGCGUGGCUCUGUUUGAUAUCAGGGACAACAGGAAAAUCUCUGCUGAUUUUCAUGUGGAUCUGAACCACACGCUUGUUACACAGAUGGUUUUAGGUUCCUCAUCUUCCUUGGAAAGUGGCAAUAUUGAAACAAUGGUCACGAGUGAAGCAGAAGAACCACUGGUCAAGGGAUUUCCAGAGACAUGGUUGAAGUAUCCAAAACAGGCUCUUUUCUCCAUAAGUAACCCCCAUUCUGAGAUUGUUUUGGUGGCAAGAAUAGAAAAGGUGCUCAUGGGAAAUAUUGCCAGCAGUGCUGAACCUUACAUUAAGAAUCCAGACUCUAAUAAGUGUGCUCAAAAAGUGUUAAAAUCCAGCAAACAGUUCUGCAGCAAGCUGGGGAAAUACCGUAUGCCGUUUGCUUGGUCAGUGAGACCAGUGUUUAAGGAUAAUCAGGGAAAUGUUGACAGAGACUCCCGAUUUUCACCUUUGUUCAGGCAAGAAAGUAGCAAGAUUUCAACUGAAGAUUUGAUUAAAUUAAUAGCAGAAUACAGAAGGAAGUACUUCCACAGAGAAGGCAGGAAUGAAGCAACACUUCUCACUUCUGCACCCCUGGGUUUGGAUCUGCUGGAGUCCAGUCACCCUUGGCUGAGGAGACGAGCAGAGAAGAUUAGCAAAAUACAGACCAUACCUGGCAACCUAGACAUUGCAGUAAAUUGUUUCCCUUUGGAACAUCCAAAUUGUGUGACAUCAUCUUUUAUCCCAAUCAAGCCAUUUUAUAAUACAGAGGAGCAUCAACCUACGGUGGAAGUGGAGGAAUUUGUACAAGAAUCAACAAAAUAUUCCCGACCUUACAGAGUAUAUAAGAACCAAAUAUACAUCUAUCCAAAACAUCUCAAGUAUGAUAGCCAAAAAUGCUUCAGCAAGGCACGGAACAUAACAGUGUGUAUUGAAGUUAAAAGUUCAGAUGAAGAAGGAGCCAAGCCAAUGAAGUGUAUUUAUGGGAAACCUGGCGGACCAUUAUUUACAACAGCAGCCUACACAGCAGUGCUACAUCAUUCACAGAAUCCUGAUUUCUAUGAUGAGGUGAAAAUUGAGCUUCCCACUCAACUCCAUAAGAAACACCACAUUCUGUUUUCAUUUUAUCAUGUCACCUGUGAUAUAAAUGCAAAAGCUAAUGCCAAAAAGAAAGAGGCUCUGGAAACACCAGUUGGAUAUGCUUGGCUUCCUUUACUGAAAGAUGCCCAGUUAGCUUCUCAAGAACAUAACAUUCCAGUGACAACCAGUUUGCCUCCCAGUUACUUAAGCCUUCAAGAUCCUGCAAGUGGAAAGAGUGGAAGUGACAUUAAGUGGGUAGACAGUGGGAAGCUGCUUUUCAAAGUGUCUUCAUUUGUUGUAUCGACUGUAAAUACUCAGGAUCCAUAUCUGAAUACCUUUUUCCAGCAGUGCCAAAAAAGAGAAAUGGAUCUCUCCCAGCCUCUUACCUCAAGCUUUGUCAUGUCCUGUAAGAAUUUACUGAAAAUUGAGAAGAUCCAUGUAAUUAUGAAUUUUCUUCCUGUGAUCCUGAAUCAACUCUUUUGGAUUCUGGUACAAAACGACGUGGAUGAAGUUACCACUGCUGUGACAAGGGUUCUUACUGACAUUGUUGCCAAGUGCCAUGAAGAGCAACUAGAAUACUGUGUCCGUUCUUAUGUAAAGGUAUGAAAUAUCCAAUUGACCUUUGAUCAUCUCCUGUGUGUUGCACAUUAUUUCCAUUUUCUCU